GGAUAAAGCCAUCGCCCCUAUACAUCUAUAUUACUCAUUUAAGUGGAUCGUUGUGUGACAGCUCAGCUUUUAAGCACGGAAAGAGACCGGCUGCCGAUUGCGUGUAUGUAGAAUUUAUCAGCAGUCACACUGUUGGGUUUGUGUGGGGCGAUGGCAGUAUCACUCUGUAUCUGGCUGUCAAAUUCCCUCUAUCUACAUAGAAGUUUGCCACCAUGACAGCUGAGGAGACCAUCAACAUAAAGGAGGUGGAGAUCAUUAAGGUGAUUCUGGACUUUCUGAACUCACGGAAGCUGCACAUCAGUAUGCUGGCCCUCGAGAAGGAGAGUGGAGUAAUCAAUGGCCUCUACUCAGAUGAUAUGCUCUUCCUCAGGCAGCUUAUUCUAGAUGGACAGUGGGAUGAGGUGCUGCAGUUUAUUCAGCCUCUGGAGUGUAUGGAGAAGUUUGACAGGAAAAGAUUUCGCUACAUUGUACUGAAGCAGAAGUUUCUGGAAGCUCUCUGUGUAAAUAAUGCGAUGUCAGCUGAGGAUGAGCCACAGCAUCUGGAAAUAACUAUGCAGGAAGCUGUGAAAUGCCUCCACUUUUUAGAAGAGUUCUGUCCCUCCAAAGACGACUACAGCAAACUCUGCCUUCUCCUCACCCUUCCUCGUCUCACCAACCAUGCCGAAUUUAGGGAUUGGAACCCAAGCACAGCACGUGUACGCUGCUUUGAGGAGGCAUGUACCAUGGUGGCUGAGUUUAUCCCAGCUGACCGCAAGUUGAGUGAGGCUGGUUUUCGGGCUGGUGCAGAUCGCCUGUUUCAGUUGCUGGUUAAGGGUGUGCUGUAUGAGUGCUGUGUUGAGUUCUGCCAGAGCAAAGCUACAGGUGAAGAAAUCAGUGAGGCCGAGGUGCUGCUCGGCAUUGAUGUGCUCUGUGGCAAUGGCUGUGACGAACCUGACCUGAGUCUUCUGUCAUGGCUGCGUAACCUGUCACCCAACGUCUUCUCGUGUGCCUUUGAGCAGAAGGUGCUCAAUGUGCAUGUGGACCGGGUGGUUAAACCUUUACGAGCCGCUCAUGCAGACCUGCUCACGCCGCUAGUCAGCAAACUCUCGCCAUGCCCUGCCUCUCCUUUGCGCCGCCCACAGUCGGCUGACACCUACAUGUCACGCUCCCUUAACCCAGUGCUGGAUGGCCUUGCAUAUGGUCUGCCUGGCCUAGAGAGAAGAGGAGGGACCAGAGCCAGUGAGGUGGGGAAAGCAUCACCCAUGUCACAUUCAUUUGCCAACUUCCAAUACCCUGGGGGGCAGAACCUGAGCCGGAGUCUCAUGAUGGAGGAAUCGCAAUGCCAAAGCAUCUUUGAGGAGUCACCCGAGAGCUCUAGAACUGAGACUCCUACAGAUAAAAUGAUGAGCUUAAGUGGGUCCCAGAGCCCUCGCCCAGUCUCUGCUCCGGGUCAGGAUGCGCCAGCAGCUACCUCUACAGAGAAGAGCGAGUUGCGUGACUCCAUGGAACAGUAUCAGGAGUACUAUAGGCAGCGCUUACGUGUACAGCAGCACUUGGAACAGAAGCAGCAACAAAGGCAGCUAUACCAACAGAUGCUGCUGGAGGGUGGAGUCCAGCAACAGGAGACUUCACCCACUGCCAAGCACAACCUCACUGAGACCUUCCUCAACAGAUCUAUUCAGAAGCUGGAAGAGCUAAAUGUUGGAAUGGAUGAUCUGGGUGAGGAGGUGCAGGCCCUUUCUCUUCAGUGUAAUGGUGGAGGAGAAGUAGAGGCAGGAGUAAAUUCAAGUGAUGCCACAAACACAUCACUUCAUCAAGAUGGGACAGGGCUUAGCAGCAGCACCCCUCAGAGAGACAACAGUCAGACUGCUGUUUUAGCUCCCACAGAAUCCCCUGUGCUACCAAGUAGUGUUCAGAAGGAAACAGAAGAACAUAGUGAUACCAGUCUCACCCGCACUAAAGGAACAGAGGGAGACCAGUCCAAGAGGUUGUUUAAAGCAGUAAGUACUCUGGAGGAUACACAAGCUGUGCGGGCUGUGGCCUUCCAUCCAUCAGGGGCAUUCUAUGCUGUGGGCUCCAACUCCAAAACUUUGCGGGUCUGUGCAUACCCUGACACACUCGACACCAGUGAAGCGUCUAAAUCCCCAGUGGUGCGCUUUAAGAGAAAUAAGCAUCAUAAAGGUUCCAUUUACUGUGUGGCAUGGAGCCCUUGUGGGCAGCUUCUGGCAACUGGUUCCAACGACAAAUACGUCAAAGUGCUGCCUUUUAACACUGAGACCUGCAAUGCCACUGGUCCUGAUCUGGAGUUCAGUAUGCAUGAUGGCACGAUUCGAGACCUGGCCUUUAUGGAAGGGCCUGAGAGUGGAGGAUCUAUCUUAAUCAGUGCUGGAGCAGGAGACUGUAACAUCUAUACUACUGACUGCCAGAGAGGACAGGGGCUUCACGCUCUCAAUGGACACACAGGUCACAUACUCUCUCUGUACACAUGGGGAGGCUGGAUGAUUGCAUCUGGCUCACAGGAUAAAACUGUGCGUUUUUGGGACCUGCGUGUUCCCAGCUGUGUGAGAGUCGUAGGGACAGCUUUUCACGGGUCUGGCAGUCCAGUAGCCUCAGUGGCAGUAGAUCCCAGUGGGCGUCUACUAGCCACAGGCCAGGAGGACAGUGCCUGUAUGCUGUAUGACAUCAGAGGAGGAAGGAUGGUGCAGACAUAUCGACCUCACUCGAGUGAUGUGCGUUCUGUACGCUUCUCCCCUGGAGCUCAUUACUUACUCACUGGAUCGUAUGACACAAAGGUUGUCACCACAGACCUACAAGGAGACCUUACAAAGCAGCUGCCAUUGACUACAGUAGGAGAGCACACUGAUAAAGUAAUCCAGUGUAGGUGGCAUCCACAGCAACUCUCCUUCCUGUCCUCAUCUGCUGAUCGCACUGUCACCCUCUGGACACACAACACAUAGAGCUGUGUAUCAGAGCACAUCUCACUCUACUGACAAAAGUCUCCAGUUGGAUGAAACUGUAAAUAAUUCUGUGUGUGUGUGUGUGUGUGUGUGUGUGUGUGUGUGUGUGUGUGUGUGUGCGUGUGUGUGUGUGCACGUGUGUCUGUUUAUUAUUUCUUAAUUAUUUUCUUUGCUCUGUGACAGCCUAUCUUCCUUGCCUCUUCUUUAUCAGUGUUGCAUAAAUAGACGUAAAUAGUUACAUUGUUUUCACGCAAGCUACAUGGCUCCAGGUUAUUUCAGCAGAAUUCAACAUAAUAUUGUUUUAAUAAUUAUAAUUCUCUAGUGCAUAUACUGAUUUCUGGUAAAUUAAAACUUUAAAUUUUUUUAGGCUCACUGUUGUAGAGUCAAAAGCCUUCCAGUAUUUUUAAUCAUAUUGUGACUGGUAAGGGGGACAAAAGUCUUGCUGUUUAAAAUGGUAAUUGAACUAAUUCAGAUAACAGCCAAUGGCUAAGCAAGGAGGAAAAAGAAGAACAUUUAAAUAGAUGUAUGGCCAGUGCACCCCACAGAUGAAGAACAAACUUUGUGAGCAAAACUGGAGAAUGUUGAGGAUGAUGUUCCAGGGACAUCCCACUCAUGUGUUCAUCGCCAGUGCUCAGAUUUUGCCAAUAGAAUAAGAGUCCAUUAUCCACACGCAAACCCUGUUGUUUUGCAGAUUUGGUGCUUAAGCGUUUUUUAUUUUUCCCUGCUUUAAGACCAGAACUGUUAGCUGUAUUUUUCGGAUCCAGCAAAGUCAUUUGUUAAAUAAGAAAUUCCACAUUCUAAAUUGUGCAAGGACACAUGCCACAGAUACCCAUAUUUUCGUAAUAGAUGUUUCUGUGUGCUGCGUAUUUCGUAUGGUGCCUUGGUUCAUGGGUCAUUUAUAAAGCUUUAUGCCAUUUUAGACAGCCAGGUAGUGAGAAGGCACUUGGAUUAGUGUAAAUUCUAUCCAAUUCACUUUAUCUUAUGCUAUAUUAAGUUGCUUUAACUUUAACUUAACUGCAUACUUCAUACUGUUAUCUUUUAAUUAUUCUUUGUCCUCAUGGUCUGGAAAGUUCAGCAUGAAAAAACAACAACAUCAGUCAUAAAAUACAUUAAAUAUAUAUAUUUUUUAUCUUCAUUUACUUUAUUCUGGUCAGGGAAGCAGUGAAGCACAUCCUUCAUGGAACACAAGGAAACAUAAGACAGAAAGCCACCUUAAAUGGGACACCAGCCCAUCACAUAGCAUCAUGCACACAGUUAUUCACACCUUGGGCAAUUUAGCAAAGCUUGGGAAGGUGGAAGGAAACCCACAAGGAGAUGGGGAGAAUAUGUAAAAACUUCACACAGACAGUAACUAGAGCCCAGAAAGAAAUCAAGGACCUGAAGCUGUGAGUGGUACAGUUUGUGUUUUACAUCUCUGUGUGUUUCCUGCAUGAUAUCCUGGGUGUGCGUCUUGGAUAGGCUUCAGAUUCACUGCAGACCUGAGCAGGAUAAAUAAGUUGGAGUGAACAGAUUGAAUCGACACUCAUUUUAUAAGAAACAAUGGUGUAAAGAAGUCAAAGUCGCCAUGCCUUCAUUAAAAACAGCACACUUGAUGUUUUGCUGUUGUGUGUUAAAUAGAAAACAGCAUUAAGGACAAAGAAAAUGUACAUUGUGUGAUCAACUGUGUUGAAAUGUACAGUCUAUAUGCAAGUAGACUGUCCUGCAGUAUGUAAAUCCUGUGUUUUUUCCCUAUUGAUUGAAAUGCAGAGCUUUUUGCCUGAAACAUAACAUCUGUGUGCCUCUUGUGAAUGCCUCUAAAAUCGCUGUUUUUCACUACUCUGUUCAAAUGUUAUACUACAAUGAUGACAAAUGUAUUUAAUUUUACGUUUAUCCUAAAACGGUUGAUAGUAUCCUGAUUUAUUUAUUUUUAGAGCUACUCUAACAUAUGAACAUAUUUAUUUUCUCAUUUUAGUUAAUGAGCCUUGAUAACAUUUGUCAUUGAUAGUACCAAAUUAUGCAAGUGUUUAUUUUUCAUUUUUUUAUUUAUUUUAAAUUUGGGAACUUAUGUCAUUCUUAUUUUACGGAAAAACAAGUGUCUGCUGCUGUAGAGUCAAAAUAAACAUUUUUGGUCACUUUC